AUGGCUACUUUCUUCGAGGGGUCAGUUCAAGACGGCAUUGCACUUGCUGUCAGAGAGACCAAGGCUGUGGUCUGUUUUGUCCGAGAUGAUGCCCAGACGAGCUUUACAUGGGAAGAGGAGUAUUUUUCAGAUGAACGGAUAGCACCAGCACUGGACACCAAUGCGGUUUUAUUACGCAUUACUGCAGGGUCCCAGGAAGCCGGGUUCUUAACGUCGUUCUGCCCUAUCGCAAAACUCCCAACAGUUGUAGUUAUAAAAAAUGGCUCCCUGCAGGAGUACCUUGUGCCUGAGCUCUCAAAACAUGAUUUUCAAACACGACUUGCGAGCGCGGUGAAAGGUCGGAGGGACUUUGCAGGCCCUCAAUCACAAGAUAGAGAUGAGAUUGGAGGCAGAGCUGCUACUGGAACACCAGUUUCUUCCAGUCAAAAUGUUGCGAUAUCCAUUCCAAAUACCACAUCGUCCCAACAUACAUACACAUCGUCACAGACCGCCAGUGCUACCAAUAUACCUAUGAAGAAGUCUUCUGAUUUCAACAAGAGCAGUGAGAAAAAUGCUGAGCAUGAUAUCACUACCAAAACGCUGUCCCACCGAGGCCUCAAAUAUCCAGCUCUUGCAGGACGUCUGUACCCCCCCUUAGAGAACGUCAAACCAAAGCCACCCGUCGCCCGUGGACCUCCCACUCAAUACCGAUUACAAGUGCGCUUAUUCGACGGAAGCUCCGUUCGUUCCAGUUUUGCGCCCACUCAGACAAUCCGCAGCGAUGUGCGCCUUUGGUUGGACCGGCAGAUGAACUCGGAGCAGCGACCAUACAACCUGAAACACAUAUUGACUCCUCUUCCCAGCCACACCCUUUCCGUCUCCGACGAAUCGCUAACCUUGCAGGAAUUGGGACUAGGUUCGACUGCUAACCUAGUCAUGGUCCCUGUUUCAUCAUACAUAGAGGCUUAUUCAACUACGGGAUCGAGCCUCCCUUUCCGAGGUAUUUCAGCUGCCUAUAAUAUGGUUGCUUCGGUUGCAAACACAGCUUCGGGAGUUGUAGGCUCCUUGAUUGGAAACAGUUGGAUUGGAUCAAAUGCAAGCAAUACUGGAUCAUCUCUCAGCCAAGGAGAAUCUGUAUCCCCGAGUGGUACCCCACGUUCACGAGUGAUUGGAGCGAACAUUCGAACUCUCAGGGAAAAUCACUUUGCGGAAAAUGAUAAGCAGUUUUACAAUGGAAACCAACUGAAUUUUGAACCGCGGGAAGAUGAGAAAGAUGAUUGA